AUGGCAAAAACUACAAUCAUUUUUUCUGCCACUCUUUUUUCUGUCAUCUACCCAGCAUUGGCUCUUUCUGGUCAUGUCAGCGGCCAGAUUGAUGCCCGCGAAAUUCACAAACGACAUAACGCCGCGUUUGUCGAGCGUCUCGAAGCUCGAAAUGGUCUGAAGCAACCUCAACCAAUCCUCCCAACCAAAAAACGAGCAGAAACUCCCUCUUCUGUGGCCCGACGAGACGAUGGCUCGGCAGCGUAUACCCUGCUUGGAUGCUACGCCUCCGUUUCGAGUACGACUGGGAAUGAAGUGCUGACAGUUCAAGUUCCGUGGAAUCAGACCUCCAUCCAGACGUGCGUUGCGGCCUGUGCGACCUCUGAAGCGUCGCCGUAUGCGUAUGCGGGUGUCUUGGCGGGCGAACAAUGCAUAUGCGACAAUACUCUUGGAGAUGGAGCCGUCACUGUUGGCCAAGGCCACUGUAACAGUGCGUGUGCCGGAAGCAACGGCGCAGAGAAAUGGUGCGGCGGCCCAACGAGCUUUCAAAUUUACUAUCUGCCUGCGCAAGAAACGACGACGGUAGCAUCAACAGCGUCUACUAGUAGUACCGAGGAGACUGGAGGUACCAUUAUAGAAACUGAAACGCCGUCGAGUAGUGCCGAGCCAUCAUCAAGUGCAACCGACACGCCUAGCUCGACGGCUUCUCCAGUUCCCAGCAGCCUUCCAACCAUUUCCCAGAGCAUCACCGGCAGCACUGGCAUCACUUACUAUCACUACCACUGUGUGGUGGACAGUUUCGACCCACUUAAUGUCGUCUACAAUACCAAUGUGCUCCGUGGACCCUCGCUCGUCUCCGAAUCCGUUACUCCUCUUCAAUGCGCAGACUUUUGUCUCGGAAAUGGGUACGGAAUCAUAGGUUUGCAAGCCGAACACAAGUGCUCGUGCGGCUCGUUCCUCUUCUCGGACGUUCCCAGCGACACUUGCGCAGAUUCUGCGAUUGCCAUCUAUCAGCUCUCGCCAGAAGAUAUGGAGGCACGUACUGGACCCUUCGCCCAAGCUGUGUCGGGAGACUUUAAGGAGCAAGGAUGCUUUGACACCGACCCAGCCCUCGGAGCAUUCGCAAUGUGGACUGCACAAGCUAUCGAUGGUGACCUAUCCGUCGACAAGUGCACGAGUGCGUGUGCAAAUGCGGGCUUUGCCAAUGCUGCCGUUGCCCCGACCGAGUGCUUGUGCUCCAACGAUCCCCCAGCACCCCUCAACGUGGCGGAUCGACGUGAUUGCGAUGUCAUUUGUCCCCUUGGAGGAGGCGUCUGUGGUGGAUUAUGGAGGGUCAACGUCUACACCCAUGGCCUGUGA